AUGCGCCUACAAGAGACUCCGAAGUACCUUCUCAGUGUGGGCCGCGAUGCGGAUCUUGUUCGGAACUAUCAGAAGCUUGCGCAAAAGUACGGUAGGGAAUGUUCGCUUACUCUUGAAAAGCUCGAGGCAUGUGGCCAGAUCAAAAAUGCCGGGCAGAAGCGGAAUAGCUUCAAAUUUGUCCUUCGAGAGCUGGUCAACCACGUCAAGGGUCUCUUCGUCACCAAGAGAAUGUCCCUUAGUACCUCCAUGGUUUGGAUGUCCUGGACUUUGAUUGGAUUGGCAUAUCCGCUGUUCUACGUUUUUCUGCCAUCAUAUCUUUCAACCAGAGUGCCGGACGCCGAAGAAACCCCUUACGAGACCUGGAGAAACUUUACUCUAACAAACAUAUCUGGUGUACCAGGCCCGAUUAUCGCGGGCUAUUUGGCUAACCUCCCUCGGGUUGGUCGGAAAUAUACCAUGGUCAUCGGAGCGAUCAUCUCGAUGGCUCUUUUCUUCGGAUACACUGCGGUUAGCACAGCUGAUCAAAACGUUGGCAUAAGUUGCGCAAUCGCGUGCGGCAUCAACAUUUACUACGGGACUCUUUACGCGUACACUGUUGAAGUUUUUCCCUCUGCCCAUCGGGCAACAGGUAACGGGAUCGCAGUCGCGUGCAAUCGACUCAUGGGAAUUGUUUCUGCAUUUGUUGCCACUGCGGGUGAUACCACAACCGUGGUACCGCUUUAUGUAUGCGCAGCACUUUUUGGAGUCAUGGCAGGCGUCUCCGCCCUAUUUCCAUUUGAGCCGUAUGGUCGCCGAAGCUCUUAG